CUGUGGCAGCAGACUGGCGCACCAGCAGGACAGUCAAGAAUCCCUGAUAGCAGAGGUUUUGUCCAGGAUGCAAACCUUGGUCACUUUGUGUGCUCUUCUCUCGCUCCUCUUUUCUGUCCAUGCAGAUGUUGUGGAACGUUUUGAGGAUGUGCCAGAAUGCAUGAAGUAUUUCUAUAAGGAGAAGGUGCCAGAGUGGGGGGCGUCUACACCUGGUGCUGCCCGUCUCUGUCAGCGCUUCGUCAACAGGUACCACUUUGCCACACUGUACGACACCAACCAUCGUAUUGCUGUCUACUCUGCCUAUCAUUUCCAGCCCAGCAAUGGAGGCGGCAGGGAGAGAAGGUGGUUUGUAGAGCCUCAGCUGGUAGACAUGUCCUGGCAAGCAGAGAUGAAGGAUGGCUACUGGCUGGGUAAAGAUCACCCUGGGGUCUACCUGGGAGAGAAACAGGCUCUGAAUGAGGACUAUACACACUCUGGCUUUGACCGUGGUCACCUCAACCCCAAUGGACACCAUGCAGUCCCGAGCCGCAAUGCCACUUUCACCCUGACCAACGUGGUUCCUCAGAACCCCAAGCUGAACCAGAACGCCUGGAGGAUCCACGAGUCCCAGCUCACUGACCUUUUCAGGGAAAAAUGCUCCAAGGCCUACGUGCUGGUUGGAGCCGUUCCCUCUGCUGACAACUGGAUCGUGAAAAACAACGUGAAGCGUGUCAACAUCCCAGAAUAUCUAUGGAAUGCCUACUGCUGCGUCGACAACAAUGGCAGACCGAUUCACAGCGGUGGUGCCACAGCGAGGAACACAGAGGACAACUGGGUGGAGAAGCUCUCUUUGGAUGAACUGGGAGAAUUUCUCCAGCAGUUCUCCAAUCAGCCAGUAGGGGAGCUGUUUUACAACAACUGUCGGGUAUAAAAGAUGACAAAUAGACAAUGAAAGAGGAAUUUUAGGGGCCAUUGACCUUUAAUAUUACAUGACAUUUGUAUAACCACAAAGAUUUUUUUUUUAAAGCAUUGAUUCAAGCGUGGUAAUACAGUAAAAACAAAUUGAGUUGUCAACAGUUUUAAGUUUUAACACUAAUAUAUCCCUUAUUAUUUUAUUAUUCAACCACAAAAUCAGGAAUGAAAAUAAAGAACAGAGUGACACAGUGA